GGCGGGGGUCCGCGCCCCCGCCGCGCUGCUCCCGCCGCUCAGCCCUGCUCGCCCGCCGCGGCGGCACUAUGCUGCUAAAAGGAUCAAGGUUGCCAACCCAGUGGUGGAGAUGGACGGCGAUGAAAUGACACGCAUCAUUUGGGCUUUCAUCAAGGAGAAGUUGAUCCUGCCCAAUGUGGAUGUUCAGCUGAAGUACUUUGACCUGGGCCUGCCCCAUCGGGACCAGACGGAUGACCAGGUCACCAUUGACUCCGCCCUGGCUACUCAGAAGUACAGUGUGGCCGUCAAGUGCGCCACCAUCACCCCCGAUGAGGCGCGAGUGGAAGAGUUCAAGCUGAAGAAAAUGUGGAAGAGUCCUAACGGCACUAUCAGGAAUAUCCUGGGCGGGACAGUCUUCAGAGAGCCAAUCAUCUGCAAGAACAUUCCUCGUCUGGUUCCAGGUUGGACGAAGCCUAUCACCAUUGGCAGACACGCCCAUGGCGACCAGUACAAAGCCACGGAUUUCGUUGUGGGCAAACCUGGGACAUUUAAGAUGGUUUUCACCCCCAAGGACGGCAGUGGAGUCCAGGAGUGGGAGGUGUACAACUUCCCGGGCGGGGGUGUCGGCAUGGGAAUGUACAACACUGACGAGUCCAUUUCAGGCUUUGCUCACAGCUGCUUCCAAUACGCCAUCCAGAAGAAGUGGCCCCUGUACCUGAGCACCAAGAACACCAUCCUCAAGGCCUACGACGGGCGCUUCAAAGACAUCUUCCAGGAGAUCUUUGACAAGCACUACAAGACCGAUUUUGACAAACUCCGGAUCUGGUACGAGCACCGGCUGAUCGAUGACAUGGUUGCCCAGGUGCUGAAGUCGGUGGGGGGCUUUGUGUGGGCUUGCAAGAACUAUGAUGGGGAUGUCCAGUCUGACAUCUUGGCCCAAGGAUUUGGCUCUCUGGGCUUGAUGGCUUCUGUCCUCGUCUGCCCAGACGGAAAGACCAUUGAAGCAGAGGCUGCUCACGGCACCGUCACACGCCAUUACCGGGAGUACCAGAAGGGCAACCCCACCAGCACCAACCCCAUUGCCAGCAUCUUUGCCUGGACCCGUGGCCUGGAGCACAGAGGCAAACUGGACAGCAAUCCCGAGCUCAUCAAGUUUGCUCAGACCGUGGAGAAGGUCUGCGUGGAGACGGUGGAGGCUGGGAUCAUGACCAAGGACUUGGCCGGUUGCAUCCACGGACUGAGCAAUGUGAAGCUGAACGAGCACUUUGUGAACACCACGGACUUCCUGGAUGCCAUCAGGAACAACCUGGACAAAGCCCUGGGCAAGCAGUAGGGG